UGAGGAAAAUGAGGUUUAGAUGGCGUAGGCAGCCAAAUUCCGAGUGCAGGGUUCGGUCUUCGUACUCCACCACCAUCAACCUUCCAUUCUAUCAUUUGUCGGUUUUGGGAGAAUUCGGACAAGUCGAAUUAUCUGUGGACCUCUUCCGAACUAGUCAGUAAGAACAUGCUCAGCCAGAAGAGUGUCCUCCUGUUCCAAGCGGUACCUGCAGCCGCGGCGCCGCUAUGGAACCAACAACAGCGAGGAAUGGCCACCCUGAAACAUAUUUCUCUCCGCCUCAAGUCUGUGAAAAACAUCCAGAAGAUCACUCAGUCCAUGAAGAUGGUGUCAGCUGCAAAGUUCACUCGGGCGGAGAGAGAGUUGAAGGGAGCACGACCAUUCGGUGUGGGGUCACAGGCCUUCUACGAACAGGCCGAGGUCAGCGCGCCUGAGGACAAUAAGAACCAGUUGUACAUCGCCAUUAGUUCCGAUCGAGGUCUUUGUGGAGCUAUUCACUCUUCCGUGGCAAAGUUGAUCAGGAAUACAAUCCAAAACACAUCUGACAACAUCAUGCUUGUCUGCGUUGGUGACAAAGCCCGUGGUAUCCUACAACGGCUAUUUAGCAAAAAUAUUUUAUUCGCAUGCAAAGAAUUGGGACGAAAGCCCCCACAGUUCGAAGAUGCGGCAAAAAUUGUUGCUGCAAUUCUCGACUCGGGAUUUCAAUACGAUUCUGGCAAAAUCGUUUACAACAGGUUCAAGUCUGUGGUGUCCUAUCAGACCACUGAACUGCCAAUUUUCAGCUUGGCUGCCGUAAACGCUGCGCCUAAACUUAGUAUGUACGAUUCUUUGGAUGCUGACGUGCUCCAAAACUAUUUGGAGUACUCUUUGGUUUCCCAGAUUUAUUACACCAUGAAAGAGAACGCUUGCUCGGAACAAAGUUCUAGAAUGACAGCUAUGGACAACGCUAGCAAAAAUGCAGGAGAAAUGAUUGAGAAACUGGCCCUUAUGUUCAACAGAACACGACAGGCCGUGAUUACUAGAGAGCUGAUUGAGAUCAUUUCAGGGGCUUCAUGUGUCUAAUUUAAAAUGCCAGAGCCCUAUUAAAAAAUUGCCCUAUUGAUGAGAGCAAGUCAAAAGAAUCGUAAAAGAUGUCAAGUAAAAAAUGUAGCAUGUUGAAAUCAGAACCUGCCGUAGUAAAUUUUAUUGUAAAGUUAUCGCGUGUCAAUUAAACAAUAGCCAUAAUUUAUGUAAAUCUUGAUUGGUUUCACGAUAAAUAAAUAAAUGAGAAGAUUCUA